AUGUCCUCAACACCGUCGGGGGAAUAUUGGCUGAUUUCGGUGCCCGGCGAAAAGGCUCCAAAUGAUGCGUGGGACAAAUUGAAUCGAGCAACAUCGAAUGUUUCGACCAAUUCGAAGUAUCAAAUUCCAGACUUGAAGGUAUCAUUUUUUUUUUGUGUUUUUUAACUCGAAAAAUAUCACGAUAUUUACAGGUCGGAACUUUGGAUCAAUUAGUUGGACUUUCCGAUGAUUUGAGUAAACUUGAUACAUCAGCCGAAGCGUAAGUUUUUUUUUUCUGAAAAAUCAUGAAAACUCGAAGAUGAGUUUAGCUUAGUCGACUCACACACCAGCGAGGUUUCAAAAGAAAAUUGAAUAUUUUCAGUGUCACCCGAAAGCUUGUUCAAUACUUCACCGAAGUUUUGGAAGAAGACAAGAGCAAAAUCGCUGAAAACUUGUUGAUUGGAAACAGUUAGUUUUUAAACCCUAUUUCAAACAGCCCAUAUAAUAUAGAAUUUAGAGGACAUGAAGACGUACGUGACUAAGUUUCAAUGGGAAGGUGCCAAAUAUCCACUUAAACAAUCAUUGAAAGUGUUGAGCGAGAUUAUUGGAAAACAAAUCACUCAAAUCGACAAUGAUCUCAAGUCGAAAUCAUUGGCCUACAAUAAUUUGAAGAAUAAUUUGUCGACUUUGGAUCGAAAAACGACUGGAAGUCUUUUGACCAAAGAUUUGGCCGAUAUUGUGAAAGCUGAAGAUUUUGUAUUGAACUCGGAAUAUUUGCAAACCGUUGUUGUUGUUGUGCCAAAAAUCAAUGCGAAAGAAUGGGAAGCGAAAUAUGCGACAUUGUCAGCGAUGGUUGUGCCGGGAUCUUCGAAAUUGUUGACUGAAGAAGGCGAACAUGCUUUGUUUACUGUUACACUUUUCAAAAAAGUUAUCGAUGAUUUCAAAAAUACUGCCAGAGAAAACAGGUUUGUCUUAUUUUCUUCAAAAAUUGAGGAGAGAAAAAUAAAUCUCGAUUUUUACAGAUUCACAGUCCGUGACUUUGUCUACAAUGAGGAAUCCCUAAAGGCUGGAAAAACAGAACGUGACAAAGCUUUGGCUGAAAAACAACGACAAUACGCCCCACUCAUCAGAUGGUUGAAAAUCAAUUUCGGCGAAAUCUUCACCGCCUACAUUCACAUUAAAGCGCUUCGUGUAUUCGUUGAAUCGGUUUUACGAUAUGGUUUACCUGUCAAUUUCCAAGCUGCUGUUAUUGAACCAUCAAAAGGAGCACAAAAGAAAUUGAGACAAGAAUUGAAUAAAUUGUAUAUUCAUUUAGAUGGAUCUGCUGCUGGACCAAUUGAUGUAAGUUUACAAAUAACUUUUUUUGAAAUCUAGAUUUUUUCUAAAAUAUUGAUUUUUUAGACAUUGGAAGAUUCACCAGCACUUUUGUCACUUGGAGUCAACGAAUAUUAUCCAUACGUCUUCUUCAAAUUGAACCUCGACUUUACCAACAAAUAA